AUGAACCCAGAAGAAGUCCAAGAAAAAAUAAAGCAAUACGAAAACUUCAUAGAAGAUAGACUCAAAAAUGAUUUAAAAGAGAUCGAAUUAAUUCUCAAAACCAAAGUGGAAAAGCACAAAGAUUGGGAAGAGGUGAAAGAAAUGACGAAAUUGCUGCGUACAUUCAAAGAAAAAAACCGCGAUAUGGCUGUGAAAGUGGAUAUAGGCAAUGGAUUUAUGGUACAAGGUGAAAUAUCCGAUUACGAAAGGAAUUACAUCCAGAUCGGCCUAGGAUACAUGCUCGAAAUGGACUGCGAUGAAGCCGAUAAAUAUUCAGAUAUUAGAAUGAAAUUAUUGCAAAAAGAAAUAGCGCACUUUAGAAAACUAGCUGUAGAUAUUAAAGUACACAUAAAACUAACACUAUUAGCUAUGAGCGAAUUACAGGGUACAAUGAUUCAACCAUUAAAAGUUAAUUAA